GAUGCAAAUAUUCCGGUGAAAUAUAAUGGAGGGAGAGAGAGAGAUUUAUUAAGGAGGAUAUAAUCGUACUUUCACUUUGUGGAAGGUAUGCGCCAGUAACAAAUUCCCAGUUCUGGGCGCAGAUCCUUCUCCGAGUCAAAACGGCGGCUAAUGGAGCCGUUAGCUUCUAUCCGCUGGAGCUUUUCCACAUUAAUCUUCCUGGUCUUCCUCCUCAUUCAACCAUCUCUUUCGAUCUACUGCGACGAGGAUGAUUGCUACGAUCUUUUAGGGGUCACUCAGAGUGCCAAUGCCUCCGAGAUCAAGAAAGCUUACUACAAGCUCUCUCUUAAACAUCAUCCGGAUAAAAAUCCGGAUCCCGAAUCGAAAAAGUUUUUUGUGAAGAUUGCAAAUGCUUACGAGAUAUUGAAAGAUGAAGCCACGAGGGAGCAGUAUGACUAUGCAAUUGCACAUCCAGAAGAGGUAUUCUACAAUACGGCAAGGUACUACCAUGCUUACUACGGCCAUAAGACAGAUACUCGUGCUGUCCUUGUGGGUCUUCUUCUGAUUCUCUCAGGAUUUCAGUAUCUUAACCAAUGGACAAGGUAUAACCAGGCCAUUGACAUGGUGAAGAAGACUCCAGCGUAUAAAAAUAAGCUAAAAGCUAUGGAACUUGAACGCACUGGGGGAGUAACAAACAGGAAGAAGGGUAACAAGCAGAUUAACAAGCAAAUGGUGGAGGAUCUUAGCAAGGAACUUGAACUGCAGAUAAAAGGAGCUGAAAAGCCUUCUCUUUGGGAACUUCUCGCUAUUCGUGUCAUUUUACUGCCUUACACUGUGGGAAAGCUGUUACUAUGGUAUGGGCAUUGGUUGUGGCGGUACCAGGUGAAACGAGAACGAUAUUCGUGGGAAGAUGCCUCCUAUCUUACUAGAAGAUCUCUUGGGGUACCUUUUGACUCAUGGAGAGACAUAGAUGAAUCAAGAAAGGACGAUCUUGUCCAAAGACGUCUGUGGGUAAAAGCCAACUUGGACAGCUACCUCGCUGAGAUGAGGAAAGAAUCAAAGCGCCGAAGAUAGAGUUAAGAUACAAUUGCAGCGUUGGUUGCCCAGAGCACUGGGUUUUGUUUGUUCUGAUUUACUUUGGAGAGAAUUUUGGUGGAAUGUUUUGAUGGUGCAUGUAGCAAUAACCUAAUCCUCAUUAUAUAUACAACACACCCCCCUAAUUAAUAUACCAACAAGUUAAUCGCCCUACAGGUUACUAAAAUUGUUGUAAAAUCUCCUGAUGACAAUAAUUUGAAUUUGAUGAGCAAUACGCUUUUUGCA